GGGGGCGUUUCCGCUCAGGCGCACAUCCGGGACGCUUUUCCGGGUUCCUUUGUCCCUGGCGUCGCAGCCGGGCGCUCGCCCUCCGCCCCAGAAAAUAAACAGAUCCCACCUCUCAAAAUGGCCCAGUUCAAGCGCCAGAAGCCACUGCGAACCAGCAGUCUUCAGGGAGCCAGAUCGUUUUCAGGAACACAGCCAGCCUCUUUACUGGGACCUGCACCUGGCCUAUUAAAUCCUCCUAUUUCAGCAGAUAUCAUUCAGGCAGCACGCCAUCUUCAGGGGGGAGAGAAGCAGCGUGUUUUUACGGGCAUUGUCACCAGCCUUCACGAUUAUUUUGGAGUGGUGGAUGAUGAAGUUUUCUUCCAACUAAGCGUCGUCAAAGGCCGGAUCCCACAAAUUGGUGAGAAAGUGCUGGUGAAAGCUGUUUACAACCCCAGUCAGUCGGCGCCCUGGAAUGCCUUGAAGGUCCAGACAUUGUCAAAUCAGCCUCUUCUGAAGCCCCCCACUCCUCUGCUCCAUGUAGCUUCUUUGGGACAGAAGCAAGGCAUCCUGGGAGCUCAGCCGCAGCUGCUCUUCCAGCCUCACCGGAUCCCGCCUCUCUUUCCCCAGAAACCCAUGAGCCUCUUCCAGACAUCUCCGUCGCUCCACUUGGGCCAUCUUGGGAGAUAUACCGGUCGAGGUCCUAAAGGCAGGCAGGAGUCAGGCAGAUGGGAUGACUUUGACUCCAAGAAGCGGAAGCAGAAGGGCAGUGAGGCCUGGGGGGUUAAGAAGCCGCGGCACGGCCCCCCCCAGUACCGAGUCCAGCUGGCUUGCUAUACUGUGAAUAGCCCCUUCUGUGAUGCCAUGGAAAUCUUGAGGCGCUACUGCAGCAUCCAGUUGCCCAAGGAGUUCUACGCUGUCCGCCUCUGCUGGUUGGACACCUUCCCCGCUAGCCGGCCGUUGGCUCUGAAGCACCCUAGUCGUAUCCGGGUGGCCAGUCCUGCUGAAGAGUUGUCUCAGGCUGAAGAGGACACGAGGCAGGAGGCUCGGCCGGAGGAUGCCAAUCCCGCAUUCAGUGCCAAGGUUCUUCUGCUUUCCUCUCCUGGCAUUGAGGAAUUCUACCGCGGUUGUUUGCUUUAUACUGAGGAGCCCAGCGACCAGAGGGAGAGUCCUGAACACCCCACAAAGCAAAUUAAGUUCCUGCUGGGAAAGAAGGCCGAUGAACUAGUGCUUCUGGGAGGAGAGUGGUCCCCCUCUUUGGAUGGUCCUGACCCAGCCACAAACCCCACGGUCUUGAUUCGCACAGCCAUUCGUUGCGCCAAAGCCCAGAUUGGCUUGGAUUUGAGCCCCUGCACGAAGUGGUUCCGGUUUGCUGAGUUCAGAUACCUGCGUGAGGGAAACCCAUCUUGCCAGGAGCAGACAGUGGUCUUCCUGCCAGAUAUUUGGAGCCUGAUGCCAUCUCUUGAAGAGUGGGAGGUCUUGUGCAAACAGAAAGCAGAAAAAGCGCCACCCCCUCCAGAAGAAAAAAGUGAGAUGGUGGAAGAAACUGAACAAACCUCUGAACCAGGUCCUGAGCAAGAAAUGGAGUCCUGUGAGCAGGACAUAGACUCAGCCGAGCCUCUCCCUGACCCGGCUCUGGAGACUUCAACAUCCGAACUGGAGACCCCAGCUCCUCCCCUGGAACCAGCCAUUGUCGUUUGCCCUCAGCUGGCAUUGCAAAGUGGGCAGCCCAGCUGCACCAACAUCUCUCUUUACACCCUGCUCGAGUACAGAAGGCAGCGGGAGAAGCUCUCCUUUGAGGUGGCAGUGGUGGCAGAGACCUUCCAGGAGAUGCUUCAACGUGAUUUUGGCUACAAGCUUUAUAAAGCGCUGCUGGCCCUGCCCGAAAAGGAGGAGACCCUGGAGGCAAAGAAUCCUGAAUCGGAAAAAGCGCUCAAAUCUGAAAAAGAGGCAGAGACUGAACUGAAGGAAGAACCUCAGGAGAAGCUUGGAGCAGAAGAUGUACCAGAAAGUAACCAGAAGGAAGCUCAAAAAGAGGGGGCUGGGGAUGCUGAGAAGAAGCCCCCAAGUCAAGAUGGGACCAAUUCAGCCAAGGAGGAGAAGGUCAGUGGAAAUGUCAAAGCAGAAGCAAAGGAGACCACAGAUGAUGUCUGUGAGCUAAGCCUGGAAGAUGACCUACUACUGCUAAGAGAGGAUGAAGAAGAGGAUUUUGGUGUCAAGCUGGAAGAUGCUGAAGUGAGGUCAGUUGCAUCCAACCAGUCAGAAAUGGAGUUUUCUUCCCUUCAUGAUAUGCCCAGAGAGCUGGACCCAAGCACUGUGUUGCCCUUGGAUGCCCUUCUUGCCUUCGUUUACUUUGACUUGAAUUUCUGUGGCUACCUGCACAGGAAGGAUAUGGAAAAAAUCCUCCUCACCUUGGGGCUGCAUCUCUGCAAAGAGCAGGUGAAGCGCUUGGUGAACAGGGUGGUGACGCAGUUUGUCUGCCGUUACCGCAGCCUGCGCUACAGCCGGCAGGAAGGGACGGAGGCAGGCCUCGAAGAGGAAGAACUGUCAGGCAACCUCAAUUUCUUGUGCUCACCCGUCUCUUUUACCAAGUCUACCCGAGAGGCUCAGUCUGCCAAUCUGAUUUCAUACAAUGGGGCUGUUCUCAAUGUGAGCAAACUGCUGGAAAAGGCAGAGCAGACAGAAAACAGCCGACUCUAUCUGGAAAAUAAAAUUCAUACUUUGGAGCUUAAAUUGGAAGAGACCCAGCUCCGCUUCUCAUCAACAGAGGCUUCCAACAAGGCCUUGACCUUGGAAGUGCAGGAAUUACAGAAGCGCCUUGCUGAGAUGGAGGAGCAAUCCAAAGUGUCUGAAAAGCAAAAAUCCCAUUUUCAGAGACUGCUACAGGAGAAUAAAAAGCGCCUGGUUCCUUUGCAUCUGGAAAUCCAGAAGAUAAUUGAAAAGACCAAUAACUGCUUAGAGAAAAAGGAAGCGACGCCACCCUCCGUUUCCAGCAACUGAUAUUCCCUGGAGAGAAGCACCUUGGCAGGGAAGAUCUGUACCUCGGUUUGAUAUUUUGGGGCUGUGAGUUAAGCGGUUGGGGGUAAGCCUUCGAAACCAUCAACCUUUUUGCCACUCCGUGAAAGGCUGCUGCUGGAUUUCAUCCUCGACCACCCCUCACCCCAGGCUUAGCGGGAAAAAGGGCCACGAGUCCGCAUGACUAGGAGUCACAGUUCAUCUGCUGGAACCACCCUAAUUGUUUAAAGGAAUACCCAUUAAGUAGGCGUUUCGAUGGUCUGUGUGUGAGUGGAGAAGUUACAGGAUAGGUAUUCUCGGGCUGUUGGCCAACAGCAAGUAUCGGAGUGGAAAUGUCAGCUCUGUACCGAGAGCGAUGCAGGUACCGCCUGCUCCGGAAGACCAGGCAUCGCUAGCCUCUUUGUGCUGCUGCAUGGAGACGUUUUCUCUUUAAGCCCCCUCCACGUCAUACCCCCUCUCUACGUUCAGCUUGAGGGGUGGCCUCCCGCCUGCCUGCCUGCCUUUGGGCUAAAUGGUGCCUUUGGGAGACGGCGACGACCUCCUCGUGGCCGGCAGGCUUUUAUCCGUCAGCCCCGGGCCCGCAGCUCCCGCCUCUGCCUUUCCCGGGUUGUGCGUUCAGUUUGCAGGGUAGCUUGUGAGUUCUGCUCUGGUGCUGUGGCUUGAGUGUGACAACCGCACAUACUUGGUCCAGCAUUUUAGCUGUUUUAAGAAAAACGAGGGCAUUUGAGGCCCUCGCCAUCAGCCCCCCACCAUUUGUUUGCCGCAUGUAGCUCGAGGUGCUCAGGGACCCCCUGGGUUUUCACUAGCCUUCAGACGAAAGCAGAAUUCCUGCCCGGUGGAUCUGAGCUUUGAGGAUCUGGAAUUUUGGCAGCGGGAGAGGCUGCGAUCCACUGAACCUCCCUUGUGAAGAAGUAGCACACGGCUGGAGGGCUGUGACAGCUGGCCCACGGGUUCCUGGGGUAGUUAUUAGCAGAAUAGCUGGUGGGCCUGUGCAAAGCCGUGGCCGGGCUCAAGCCUUCGUCCAGUAGGUAUUUGCUGCGUUCGCCCUGGCCACCUGCUCCCCCAGCCUCAGGUGGUCUGUCACUUCUGAAUGUGUUGCUUUUAGUCUGUAAAUGUGGUAACAACUUGUAUUUAACUGGCCAAGUUACUUUUAUAAAAGUCUCUUCCUCACUUGGAAA